UACUUAGUGCCUAAGUUUCUGAGUAAAAGGAACAAAUUGUGGUUCAAUUUCAAAAGGCAGAUGCUCUUCCUGAACCAGAGGAUAUGCCUUGAAUAAAACAAGAAAAAUAUCAGUUAAUUUGGAAGGUUGUUGAAAGAUAUUUUCCCUCCAAGUUUCUUAUCCCACCAAGCUUCUUGUCUAAAAAUCAAGCUAUAGCAAUGGCAUCCACUUUAUCUUCUUUACAAACCAUUAAUUCUUCAAUAACCAACUUCCCUUGUGUUCCAAUAAUAAAGAAACCAAAGUUGCAUAUUUCCUUGACAAAAACGUCGAUUUCUUCUGUUAGAGUAGUGUGUUGUAGCAGUAGUAGUAGUAGUGCAACGACGUACAAUGAGGAUGAAGAAAUGGAUAAGAUUAGAAGGCUACAAAAUGGAUCGGAUGUUCGUGGUGUGGCCUUGCAAGGUGAGAAAGGUAGAAGUGUAGAUCUUACACCACCUGCUGUUGAGGCAAUAGCAGAAAGCUUUGGUGAAUGGGUGAUUAAAGGGCUGAACAAUAAGGAGAAAGUUGUUAUGGUUUCUCUUGGAAAAGACCCUCGAAUUUCGGGCAAUACAUUGAGUGUUGCUGUAUUUUCUGGUCUUUCUAGGGCUGGUUGCAUGGUCUUUGACAUGGGACUUGCAACAACACCAGCAUGCUUCAUGAGCACUAUUCUUCCUCCAUGUCAAUAUGAUGCCUCAAUAAUGAUGACUGCUUCUCACUUACCCUACACUCGAAAUGGUCUUAAAUUCUUCACAAAAAAAGGCGGUUUAACAUCCGUGGAAGUGGAGGAAAUAUGCUCAGAUGCGGCUCGUAAAUAUGCAAACAGGUUCGUAAAAGUGUCAACGACACUAUCGACGCGUCCAACUAAGGUAGAUUUCAUGAGCAAUUAUGCCAAGCAUCUACGAGAUAUUAUAAAGGAAAGAGUGAACCAUCCUAACCAUUAUGAGACUCCCCUCAAAGGAUUUCAGAUAAUUGUAAAUGCUGGAAAUGGAUCAGGAGGGUUCUUUACAUGGGAUGUGUUAGACAAGCUUGGUGCAGACACAUUUGGAUCUCUCCACCUAAAUCCAGAUGGAAUGUUCCCUAACCAUAUACCUAAUCCAGAGGACAAAAUAGCCAUGUCCUUAACAAGAGCAGCUGUGCUUGAAAACAAUGCUGAUCUAGGUAUUGUUUUUGAUACAGACGUUGAUCGUAGUGGUGUAGUAGAUAGUGAAGGAAAUCCUAUCAAUGGUGAUAGGCUCAUUGCACUAAUGUCUGCAAUUGUUCUCAAGGAACAUCCUGGUACAACUAUUGUCACUGAUGCUCGUACUAGUUUGGCCUUAACUAAAUUUAUUACAAAUAAAGGAGGCCAACAUUGCUUGUAUCGAGUUGGUUAUAGGAAUGUCAUUGACAAAGGUGUCAAUCUUAACAAGGAUGGUGUGGAAACACAUCUCAUGAUGGAAACUAGUGGCCAUGGUGCUUUGAAAGAAAAUCACUUUCUUGAUGAUGGUGCUUACAUGGUUGUGAAAAUUAUCAUUGAAAUGGUAAGAAUGAAGCUUGAAGGAUCAAAAGAAGGCAUUGGUAGUCUCAUAAAAGAUCUUGAAGAGCCAUUAGAGUCCGCGGAACUUAGAAUGGUUGUCCUUUCUGAGCCUAGAUAUGCUAAGGCUAAAGCAUUUGAAGCCAUUGAAGCAUUCAGAACCUAUAUUGAGCAAGGAAGUUUACCAGGAUGGGAUCUUGAUGCUUGUGGAGAUUGUUGGGUAAGUGAUGGAUGUCUUGUUGACACUAAUGAUGAUCCAACUGCAAUUGAUGCUUAUAUGUAUAGGGCCAAAGUUUCAUCUCAAGAAAAUGGAGAACAUGGAUGGAUUCACCUUAGACAAAGUAUCCACAAUCCAAAUAUUGCUGUUAAUAUGCAAUCCACAGUUCCUGGUGGAUGCCAAAACAUGGCAAAAGUUCUAAGAGACCGGUUUCUCUUGCCUAGCGGAAUGGACAAAAUACUUGAUGUCACUCAAAUUGAUAAGUAUGCUAAAAGUGGAGAUCUAAGCCAAGCUGCUUAAAACAUCCAUGCUUCAAAUUAAGCUAUAAUAAUGUGUGUCAAUAAUGUUCAAUGCACUCUAUUCAAUGGGCCAAAAAAAAAAAGAAACAAGAAUAGAAGAAGAAGAAAAAGAAAAAGAAUGUGAAAGUAUUCUUCCUUAAUGGACUUGGAUAUUCAUAUACGUUUUUCACUAUUGCAUUUUAUACUCAGUGGUGGAUCCAGAAUUUGAAGGUCGUGGACGCUUCAUUUUUUACAUUGAAUUGUUACCAUUCACAUAGUACAAGUUUGAGAAUAAUUUGAAUGCAUCAUGAAAAAUAUUUGUGAGCAAACUAUGUUUAAUAUCACCAUCAGAAAAGAAGACCUCUAGUCACAAUUACAAUUGUACUCCAUGAAUUUUUGUAUGUUGAAAUGGAAAUGUGCAAUAACAACAUCA